AUGCACGCUUUGUAUGGAUCGAACCUGAUACCAAGAGUUUUUAUUUUGAUCACUCAUCAUCAUUCCUCCACCAACAUCAGCUAUUAUGGAAUCUUUUAUGGUCGAAGUUCCCCCCACUGGGUAGUUCUUUUGAUCGUGUGCCCAACCUUAUCAUUAAAAACACGUGAACGCCAAGUCAAAUUACAAUGCAUGACCAUGGAAGCACAUCGUCGAUGGGUCAAGGGUCUCAAUUCACUCUUGAACCAGGCAUCAUCGUUGCUGGUUAUCUUUUUCAAAACCAUCCUCUCCUAUGAUUCCAAAGUCGAAUGCUAA